AUUUCAUAUUACUUUAUUAUUCAAAAUAAUGUUAAGUAAUUUAAUAAAGACAUUUAUGGUAAUAUAUAAACACAGAAAUAUAAAUACAUGCUAUGAAUGCUUAGUUUGAUAUUAUAACAAAGCAAGAUGGACUUUUUUGAGGUUAAAAUGACAGAACAAGACGAUCCUUUCAUAGACCUAAAAAAGCGUAUAACUUUCUGGAUAUUAAAGAAGCAUUGUUUUAUAUAUUAUGUGAGGAGAUUUUUGAUUAUCGCACACGUGAUAAGCUUAUCACUAUUUUUUUUUCGAUCAGACGGAUUAACGAGUAUUAUCAAUAUUUUUUUACAAACACCAGAAGGAUCGGCUGCCAUAACUAUGCCUCUAACUGGAGUAAUAGUCACUAUGACUACUUUGUUUCAAGCUUGUUUACACGGAGAAACUUUAAAAUUGUCCAGUAUGAAGUUAUAUGAAACAUUAUGCGAAACUGACUGGAUACAAUGGAACGAAUCGAAUUCAAAGACUCUUUUUAUAAUGAUUCAAGUUUCAGCAACUCCUAUGAAAAUAUCAUUUUUAAGCAUAUCGAAUAUCGAUUUCGACUUGCUAAAAAACUUUUAUAAAUGGAGUUACCCCAUGGUUUCUUUAAUUAUGAGGGGCACAUGGAACAAAGACGAAUCAUUGGAAAAUAUUAAUAUAUAAAUUAAUAACAUAAAAUAUGAGUAGAUUGAUAGUUACAAGCAGAUUAAAAACACUUUAAACCUAUAAAAUAAUUAAAA